GGCGCGGGGACGGCCUCAGGGAGGUGUCCGUGGGGGAAGCUCGCGGAAGGGCGAGGUCUCGGUGCUGGGGGCUUGCGUGCGGACGCCUUCGCCACCGCGGCCGCCGAGGUGCGGGCGGGUGGGCCAGCUCGGUCCCCCAGGAGCCCCGGACCCGGGUCGGGGCGGAGGGGACCCCGAAGGAGGGCGCGGGGUGGCGCCUCCAGGGAACCGGUAAGCCGGACCCAGGGCCCUCGGCCACGGCUUCCCCGAGGGAGUCCUGCCCGGUCGGUUGGCAUAAGAGGAACAUUCGCGGUCACAGCCGUAAUGACCAGUGAGGACACGUCCCCGGGGAUGUCGGGGUUCGGGUCGUGACCUCCCUUCCUCCUCUCCUCCCAGUCCCCGUUAAAGUCGGGGGAGAAACUUCCCAGAAGAGCCACACGCGUGUCUGCCUGGUUUAGCUGAUAAUUUUGGAAACUGAUAUGUAAGAAAUGGCUGGAAGUCAAAUAAACAUCCAAAGAAGAGCUUAGCUUCUUCAACAACGUUCUUUUUUAAAAUAACUUGCCACCACGAUGUCAGCAUUCACUGCACGUAGCGGAAAUGACAGCGAUAUCCUUGGUAGUCCUGCUUUCCCAAAGAGUUCAGCACCGAAUGUCCUCACCCACAGUAGCAGACUAAAGCUGCAUUUGAAGUCAGAUAUAUCAGAAUGUGAAAAUGAUGAUUCCUUAUUGAGAUCUGCAAGUAAAAUCAGAGACAUAAAUAGUACUUAUGUUAUUUCUGCCUGUGAAAAAGCAGGAGCUAAGCCCCUUAGCCCUAACCCUGCAAGUAGAUUGACACUUCAGAGAAGAGUUACAAGGAACAAGGAAGCAUCUUUGCUUGGUAUUGAGUUGGGAGACUCAACUGAAAAAAUAGCAGAAACACGUCUUACAUUACAAUGUCGUGCUAAAACAGAGUCUGUGGAAAAGUGGAAAACAACACAGAAUGUGGGAGGUGAAACAGAAAAUAAUUGUGCUUCACGGGAACCUUGUACAAAUGUAAAGAUUGUAAAUAAUGAUAAAAUCUCUUCUAUUGCGUCUUCUGUACCUUUAGCUGAAGACCCCAAAGACAUUGAAAUGAUGGCUGAUGAAAAAUACAAAGAAACGUCUUCUGCCCUCAGUGGGGCAAAUGAAGAUGCUGCACUUAAGUACUUAAGUAACAGAGCACCCACUGGUUCCCAGAGUCAGAUUGUCAUUAGAUCUGGACCUGUGGCUGCAAAACCUCUUCAGAACAAGUUGGAUACCAAAGUGUCAGGAACAGGAAACUUACACCAUAGAAGUACUGGGAAGGAUAUUGCAAAAAGUUCAAAUAAAUUUGAAAGCUUAGAAAGAAGAACACCUACAAAAUGUAUUACAGAACACAGAUUGACACCAAGGUGUGGCACACCUCAGUUUAAGAGCCCAGCUGCGUCAAUACUGAAAAAUCGGACACCUAGCCUUCAAGUUAAACAAAAACCAAAAAGUUCUCUUCUUGCAAACAAAAGGGAAAGGUCACAAGAAAAAACACUCCCUCCUGAAGAAGAAACUGCAGUUCAGAACACCUCUCCAGAGAUAGACCCCUUAAAAGUAGAGAACAGUCAAGUGACGGUGGCAGUUCGUGUCAGGCCUUUCAGCCAGAGAGAGAAGAUUGAAAAAGCAUCCCAGGUGGUCUUCUUGAAUGGGGAAGAAAUAGCCGUGGAGUAUCCUGACAUGAAACAAGUUUAUACCUUUAGACAUGAUGUUUCAUUCUGGUCUUUUGAUGAAUGUCAUCCUAACUACGCCAGCCAGACGACUGUCUACGAGACCCUGGCAGCCCCGCUCCUGCAGCGGGCUUUUGAAGGCUACAAUGCCUGUCUCUUCGCCUAUGGUCAGACUGGCUCUGGGAAAUCAUACACGAUGAUGGGAUUUAGUGAAGAACCAGGAAUAAUUCCAAGAUUUUGUGAAGAUCUUUUUGCUCAAGUAGCUAAAAAACAAACCCAAGAGAUCAGCUAUCAUCUUGAGAUGAGCUUCUUUGAAGUAUAUAAUGAAAAAAUUCAUGACCUUUUGGUUUGUAAAGGUGAAAACGGGCAGAGAAAGCAACCACUGAGAGUGAGGGAGCAUCCUGUCUCGGGACCGUAUGUUGAGGCUCUGUCACUGAAUGUUGUCAGUUCUUACUCUGAUGUCCAGAGUUGGCUGGAAUUGGGAUAUAAACAGAGAGCCACCGCUGCUACUGGUAUGAACGACAAAAGCUCCCGGUCCCAUUCUGUGUUGACUCUGGUGAUGACCCAGACCAAGACAGAAUUUGUGGAAGGAGAAGAACAUGAUCACAGAGUGACGAGCCGCAUAAACCUGGUCGACCUGGCUGGCAGUGAGCGAUGCUCCCUCGAGCACACGUGUGGAGAGCGGCUGAAGGAAGGUGUGAGCAUUAACAAGUCCUUGCUAACUCUGGGAAAGGUGAUAUCUGCCCUCUCGGAACAGGCAAACCGGAAGAGUGUCUUCAUUCCCUAUCGAGAAUCUGUGCUUACGUGGCUGUUAAAAGAAAGUCUGGGUGGAAACUCUAAAACUGCAAUGAUCGCCACGAUCAGUCCCGCUGCCAGCAACAUCGAGGAAACAUUGAGCACCCUUAGAUACGCCAACAAGGCCCGCAUGAUAGUCAACGUUGCCAGAGUAAACGAAGAUGUGAAUGCUAAGUUAAUUAGAGAAUUGAAGGCAGAAAUUGAAAAGCUAAAAGCUGCUCAAAGAAACAGUCGGAAUAUUGACCCUGAACAGUAUAGGCUCUGUCGGCAAGAAAUAACAUCCUUAAGAAUGAAACUGUAUCAGCAGGAGAGACACAUGGCAGAAAUGCAAAGAUUAUGGAGAGAGAAACUUAAACAAGCUGAAAAAAGAAAACUUCAAGAAACAGAAGAGUUACAGAAAGCAGGAAUUACAUUUCAAAUGGACAACCAUUUGCCAAACCUCGUCAAUCUCAAUGAAGAUCCUCAGCUAUCAGAGAUGCUGUUAUAUAUGAUAAAAGAAGGCAUAACUACAGUUGGGAAACAUAAGCCAAACUCCAGCCAUGAUAUUCAGUUAUCUGGGGUGCUGGUUGCUGAUGAUCAUUGUACUAUCAAAAGUUUUGGUGGGACAGUGAGUAUUGUCCCAGUUGGGGAAGCAAAGACAUAUGUAAACGGAAAACGUAUUUUGGAACCCACAGUAUUACAUCAUGGUGAUCGGGUGAUUCUUGGUGGAGAUCAUUAUUUUAGACUGAAUCAUCCAGUAGAAGUCCGGAAAGGAAAAAGACCAUCCAAUAGAGAUACUCUUACGAGCGAGGGUCCAAAAGACUUUGAAUUUGCAAAAAAUGAGUUGCUCAUGGCACAGAGAGCGCAACUUGAAGAAGAAAUAAAAGAGGCACAGUUGAAAGCAAAGGAAGAAAUGAUGCAAGGAAUCCAAAUUGCCAAAGAAAUGGCUCAGCAAGAGCUUUCUUCUCAAAAAGCUGCGUAUGAAAGCAAAAUAAGAGCCCUGGAGGCAGAACUGAAAGAAGAGUCUCAAAGGAAGAAAUUGCAGGAAUUAAGUAACCAAAAGGCUAAUCACAAAAUUGAGGAGUUAGAAGAGGCAAAGCAGCGGCUUGAGCAGGAGAUAUGUGUCAACAAGAAGCGGUUAGAAAUGGAGACUUUGGCUACGAAACAGGCCUUAGAAGACCACAGCAUCCGCCAUGCAAGAAUUCUGGAAGCUUUAGAAACUGAGAAGCAAAAAAUUGCUAAAGAAGUACAAAUUCUACAGCAAAAUCAGAGUAAUAGGGACAAAACUUUUACAAUUCAACCAAAUUGGAGCUCCAUGAAACUCUCAAUGCUGAUUCAAGAGGCCAAUGCCAUCAGCAACAAAGUAAACAAGUGUUAUGUGUUUAGCAGACAUGAUCUAGCAGAUAAAGGAAGUCGUCCUGACACUUCUGUUCGCGUCCGUAACCUGCGACUAGGGGUCUCCACUUUCUGGAGUCUGGAGAAGUUUGAGUCUAAGCUUGCGGCAAUGAAAGAACUGUAUGAGGGUAACAGUAGUAACAAGAAUGAAGAUGUCUUUUGUGAUCCUGAAGAUGAAUGGGAACCUGACAUUAGAGAUGUGCCAGUUUCUUCAUUUUCUAGAAGGAGGAGCAGGAGUUUGAUGAAGAAUAGAAGAAUUUCUGGUUGUUUACAUGACAUACAAGUCCACUCAAUUCAGAAUUUGCAUUCUUCACAUUCAUCAGGCUUACUGGAGAAAUCAAGCACCAUUUACUCAAAUUCAGCAGAAUCUUUUCUUCCCGGAAUUUGCAAAGAAUUGAUUGGUUCAUCAUUAGAUUUUCUUGGACAGAGUUAUGAUGAAGAACAGACUAUGGCAGACAGCCUGCUUAAUAAUUUUCUUAAAAUUUAUAACGGGCUAUUUGCCAUCUCCAAAGCGUAUGAAGAACAAGAUGAAGAAAGUCAGUAUAACCUGUUCUCUUCAGAUCGAGCCACCCAGUCACUCACUAUCCAGGUAGCAGGUGCGUUUGAGCAGCUUGUGGUGCUGACGACACACUGGCUGAGUGAUUUUGUGCCCGGUGCCAGCACAGCCAGACUUGGUGAUGAAUUGAGACAAGAAGUCAAAAAACUCGGAGGCUACUUACAGUUAUUUUUGCAGGGAUGCUGUUCAGAUAUUUCAUCAAUGGUAAAAGAGGCUCAAGAGAAAGUAAUGCAGAUCGUACAACAAGCUGUAAAGUGUGUGGGACAGUUAGCGGUUCUUAAGGGGAGCCAGCUACAUUUUCUGGAAAACAGUUACAGUAAGGCCGCCAGUGUCCAGGAGGAUUUCAUGGAUGCUAUUUGUGAUGGUGUGGUCUUAGGAAUGAAGAUUCUAUUAGACUCUGGACUAGAAAAAGCAAAAGAACUUCAGCACGAAGUCUUAAGGCAGGGUACCCAAAAUGAGGCCACCGACCAGAUGAGAGCUAACGCCGCGGGAUUGAUUGGGUCUCUUGAAAACCUCUUUGCUGAAUGGAGAACAAAAAGCUUCAGAACUCAAGUACAAGAAGAAAAUUCCAGAUACCAAGAUUUGAAGAAGAUGGUUAAUCUUGUCCCAGAAUUCUUGAAGUUAAAACACUGCUUAGAGCAGACUGUUCAAAUUAUUAUUUCUGCACUGAGAGGAUGCCGCAGUGACGUCCGUCUCCUCAGGAACGGUGUGGAAGGUCUUUGCAGCCUGGCCAGGGCUUUUCGUGAUGACUGCAGUCUGCGCUCUGCUUCUGUGGACGGCCCUGCAAGGAGAGCCCCUCAGGCUGACCACAGGGAACUGGAGUUGCUAGCCAGGUCCCUCCUCUCAUGUUUCGAAUCUGAAGAAAGACCUGCUUUGUUGAAACCCGGGGAAAUUUGUGAUCAGAAUACUAGAGCAGAAGGACAAGAACACUCGGAAUGCAGCAGGCCUGACUCGUGUAGGAAGAAAGGUGUGCCAAAGCGUGUCUACGCGCUCCACAGCGCGUCCCCAGCCGAAAGCUCAGAGGACAGCGCAGCCAGUAGGAUGCAGUGGGUGUGAACCCGGUGUGAAGGCCGUUUCUGACCGCAAGCGUGUGUGUGGUUUGUACAGGUACUUGGCGAUGCUGCCUGGGUGAUGUAGAGCAGAUUCUGGAGAAUCAUUCUUUUAAGAACCCGAUCCUUUCGUUUGCCCUGUGCGCCCGCAGACAGCACUCACAUAUUCGGCGUGGCUGGAAGCGAGUGCCCGCAGUCCUUGAAUACACGUGGUGAUUUCCCUGUGAGGAAGAGAUGCUGAAUAAAUGCUGGUCCUUGCAUUGCGAACACUGUUAGUGAACCGUGUGUGCAUUUUCAGGGGCUUUAAUGUGUGAGGUGCAACACGCUCGCUUUCAUGUUCUUUUGGCAUUUGAGCUUGUGUUCUCUCUGAAGUUUUAUAUGCAGUUUUAAUAGUCAGUGCUCCGCCUGGUGGAGCUUCUGCUGUCAGGUUCUGCGAAGUGUAGAGGGACAGAUGAGGACUUUUCCUGAAGGUCGUACCUCCUCGCAGGGCUUCCUAAGGGCUCAGUCCAAUAGGUCUCCUCUUCAUGUUCAGUAUUGAGUCUUUUCUUUCUGCUUCUAAACUCAUGGCUCCAUUGGUCACAAACCUUUUCGCGUCUUUGUAAAAUUUUGUAUACAUGUAUUUAUAUUCUUAAGUAAAUCGUUAUGUGGUAUUUGAAUGAAUGGUGAAAAACAUUAUUAAAAUUAUGCACACUAAUAAAUGUUAUAAAGAGAAUGCCUUUAAUAAAUCUUGUCAGCUUCAGAAUUGCCUCUUGAGCUAAGAUUUUUUAUA